UCCAGUGCCAUCCGUGUGGUCCAUCUCCAAGUCGCACUCUAUUUCGACGCGAUGUCUUCCUUGGACGAGCUCCUCAAAAUCGCAAACCCAGUUCGUGCGCACGCCUUGAAAACCUUCGAUGUGACGGCGCAUCCAGACGAGGUGCUCCAAAUCCCCUCGCGAGAAGAAGGACGCUUCAUUCGCAUUCAUGCCUACAACACACCCCAUAGGGAUACCCCGACCCCAGUCCUCGUCAACUUCCAUGGUAGUGGAUUCGUGAACCCUUUGCAUGGAAGUGACGAUGAGUUUUGUAAAUUCAUUGUCGAGAAAACUGGAUUCGUGGUUCUGGACUGCGCCUAUCGACUCGCACCGGAACAUAAGUUUCCGGCUGCAGUGCACGAUGCCGAAGAUGCCGUUCGAUGGGUUCUUUCACAUCCGGAGAAGUUCGACGCUUCCCAUCUGUCGAUCUCGGGCUUCAGUGCAGGGGGGAUCCUGUCUCUGGUUCUCAGCUCGGUGAUCUUCCCACGGGGCACAUUCAAAAAUGUGUUUGCCGCCUAUCCUCCAACAGAUAUGGUCCAAAGCUCCGCGGACAAGACUGCCCCUGAUACAUCCAUAGAUAGUGCUCCCGUCGAGCUCCUGGAUACGUUCAUACGAUGCUAUUAUUCAAACCCCGAAGACGUGAAGAGUGUCCUUGCUUCACCAUCCGUGAUCCCAGCUGAGAAGUUCUCAGAUAGGAUUUUUCUUGUUACUGCGGCUUGUGAUCGCCUCUGUCUUGAGGCAGAGGCGCUUGGAAACAGGAUCAAAGAUACGACAGCCAAGCAUAUCAAGAUGCACAGGUAUGAGGGCUGCGGGCACGCUUUUGACAAAGCUUAUGAGGCAGGAUCGGUCCAGGAACGAGCGAAAAAUGACCUCUACCAAAAGGCGGCCGUAUUCCUAACCGAGUAACUAUUUUGUAUCUCUUGGGGCUCGGCAUAAGGUUCUUUAUAGCUCCUUCAUGCUGCAGGUUCGUCCUGUAUGUACUGUUCUUUCUUGAAACCCUUUCAUUUGUCCAUAACAUAUGGUAGCUACUGUAAAUUAGUGAUCGUCUAACGCAGCACUUGAAAAUAUGUAUAACUAGAGAGCAGCUGUUGGAGAAGAUGUGGCAAGAAACAAUCGUGAAUAUCGAAAGUAUAGGAUCAAGCGAAAAUAAACACACAGCAGGGAACUCGACGGGAGAUUAGCCACCGAAACACAUAUUAAGAAUAACGCUUUCAACA